AUGGCUCAGAGCAUGCACUUGCCGCCUCGGCCUGGGUCGGCUGGUAUUUCCGAUGCCAUCCAUGCCACGCAGUCAUUGCCAGUAGGAUUGUAUUCAAAGCUCGGGCAAGCGGAGGGCCCGCGUGUUCCAGAUGUUGGUGGCCAUCAAAUGGCUUUGCAGGCUCUGCCGUCCGAGCCCGGCACCAUCCGGAUGCAUCCACAGGAACUGCUGCCACAUCUGGACAAGCUGCAGCCAACUCACCCGCUGCAGUCGGAUCCCCCACAAAGCGGGCAUCGCGAGCCAAAUGACAUGCAGCCGGCACAAGUGCCUCCAGUGCAUUCCACACAUACCUCCAACCAGCACGCACCACACACUGCAGCAUCAUGCGCUGCGAAGGCAGGACAUCCCCACGCACCAACACAGAACUUCUCUCAGCAUGCAGCGCCUGUGCAGUUUCACGGCCAUGCAGCCACCCAGAGCAGUCACUUGCAUCAUACGCCGGUUGCAAAGCACGGGCGUCCGUCCCCGGCACAGCCACCGAUUCCACCACAGCUUCCAGUGGCGGCUCGUGGACACGGUGCUGGCCAUGCAAUGGCCAAGGCUUCGUCAAGUGUCCUGGAUGGAGGGGCAUCUCCGGCUUCACCCAAGGCACCUCAGAAGCCGAAGACGGCACCACACCCACAGCUCUCACAGCGAGACCACGAUCUCUUGCAGCAACUCCACGCGCGACACCAGGCCAAAGCGCAGGCGAAGGCUGGCCGUGCAAAGUCUCCGCACAGGGGCGACCGUGGCAGCUUGUCACCUAAGGUGCACAGCCCACAUGCUUCGUCUCCAUCUGUCGCAGAAGCGGAGAACCAACAUGCAGCCACAGCUGCAGCGGUGGCGGCAGCGGUAGACGUCCAAGACGGUCCGCAAUCACAGUGGCCGGAACUGGAGCCAGACGCCCUGCAGAAUGAGGUUGCAGCCCGCGAGGUGGAGCUGCGCGUGCUUCGGCAGGAGCUCAGUGCCAGGAGCCAGGAGGUGCUGCGGCUGGAGGAGGAGAUCCACGAAGCCGAAGACCAGCUGCGACAAGCGACAGGGCAUGUGGGGACGCUCUCGGCCAAGGUUGAAGCCGCAUCCGGCAGCACACAGGCGGUCCUUCAGGCCUCCGCCAGGCACCUCGACACACAGGUGACCACGUUAAAGAAGCGACUGGCGUCCGCAGAGGUCGAGCUCGCUGAGAAAGACGAGGAGCUGUCUGGGCUUCAGGAGGCCGUUGCCCAUGGAUCUCAGCAGGUCACGGCCAAGGCUGCUGAGCUGCAGACGCUGAUGGAUCAGCACAAGCUUCAGGGGAGCAAGGUGGCGAAGCUGCAGAAGGACAGCGACCUGCUCCACCGGCACAUGGCCAUCGACCAGUGGCGCCACCAGGUCGAGGCUCUCGUGGAGCAGGAGCAAGAGGAUGCGGUGAAAAUCCGAGAGCGACGCGAGCACCAGAGGCAGAUCGAGGUCUUCCAAGAGGAGAUCGUGGCACUGAAGAGCUACAUCGCUCGCAUGGAGGAGAAGUGCCAGUUUCAUGCCGGAGAGGUCCACCGGCGGAAGGAAGUCUUGAAGGCGCUGGUGAUGGAGGAGCGGCUCUGUGUCGCUGCCGCUCGGCUUGGCCACGAGACGGCGGACGAGCUGAAGCGGGGUCAGAUGGAAGAGCAGCGUGUCCUCGAGGCUCGCCUCCACGAGGAAAUGGGCCGCAGGACUUCGCUGCCUGCGCAAGCCAAGACAUACGAACAGAUGGAGGCUCACGCGAGACACGACCAAGAGCAGCUUGCUGCGCUGACUGUGUGUGUCAGGGAGGCGGCGCGAGCUAUGAAAGACCACGGACCCCACAUCUCCAAGACUGCCGUAGACGAUGCCGUCGACAGCUUCCUCCAGAAGAUGCGGCACCAAGGGGAGCUGGCUCCCCCAAUCCUCCGCAUGAGCGCCUCUGCUCACCUCGUCGCAGAUCAGGCCGUCACCCUGGAGCUGACACACGCUGGACAGCUCUGCGUUCGGGGCAAGUCAGGGCUUGUCCCUAUGGCUGAUUUCCUCCGACAACAUGGCUUCAUGAAGAAGCAUCACGAAGGCCAACCUUUGCCGAAGCCUGCCGCCCACUCUGCAGCGGAUGCAGCGCACGUCCACCCUUCCCACGCUUCCCAACCUUUGCACCCUUCCCACCCUUCUCACCUCGCCCACACUGCCCACCCUUCUACCCACCCUGUCCACCCUGUCCACCCUGCCCACCCACUCCCCGCACAGACGACGCACCCAGCACAUGCAGGCUAUCCAGCUCGGCACGCACACCCACCACACUUGGCUCACCCAGCUCACGCAGCACAUCCAGGGCACCCGGCACACCUAGCAAACGCUCACCAGGCACCCCCAGCGCACUCACACAUCUCUUCUUCAGGCCACGGAGCGCAGCAGCUUCAUCUUGCUGCUCACAACCACCCCCAAGUGCCAAAGAGCACUCUUGGAGAUGCAAAGACACCAUUGCAUGCGGCAGCAGAAGCUCAUCUGACGCCGCACAAGAUGGUUCAUCACCAGGAGGGUGUGACGAUGGCGGUGUGA